AUUGUGUACACGUUCAUCAGUGGCACCCUCACAUAAGCGGCGGGAGUGAGGUUCUCUUAAAUCACAGUUAUUAAAUCAGUGCCACGUGUGUUUCUCAAAGUCACAUUGUUUACUAGUUAAUAUUUCAAGACACUAAUUUUGCCAGAGUUGAAGGAAAUGUUAUCUAAUGACCUUAAGAACUGAAGGUCACCAUUAAGUGUUAUCUUUCGUGUUUCGUGAAGGAAUUCGUAUAGACAAAGUGUGAUUUGAUUUCGUGGUGAUACCUGGACACGGGAAUUGAUUAUCUCUUGGGUAACCACGAAAGGAAGGACACGGCAAGAACAGGUAGAGACAAGUAGUAGUGUUCCUCUUGCAUAACUACGACUGGACACGGAGGCAUAGACCACAGAAGGCACACACGAAACAGCCACGUCUGCAACAACGGAACACGACAACUACAAGUACUGGAGACGUGACGACACCUAGGUACAGCGGAUGAGGUGGAGGAGGAGGAGGAGAAGUAACAGUCCCACCUUCUCAGCGACGGCAGGACACGAAACGCUCAGAUAUUUAACACCUCCUCCGCAAGUUGACACGAAUCAACACACCCCUUUCGUCUUGAUUACACCCAAACACGAAGAAGGAGGAGGAGGAGGAGGAGGAGGAGGAGAAGGAGGAGUCCCUAUGAAUUUACUAACCACGGCACCUCCUCAAGUGGACACAAAUGAACACAUCUCUCUCAACUUGACCACACUCAAACACGAAGUAGGAGAAGGAGGAGGGGGGUUUGGAGGAGGAGUUGCAGGUCUUGGAGGAGGAGGAGAGUUUGGAGGAGGAAUUGCAGGUUUUGGAGGAGGAGGAGGAGCAGUACCUAUGAACUUAGCUACGGCACCUCCUCAAGUGGACACAAAGGAACACCUCUCUCUCAACUUGACCACACUCAAACACGAAGUAGGAGAAGGAGGAGGAGGAGAAGGGUUUGGAGGAGGAGUUGCAGGUCUUGGAGGAGGGGCACCACCUCAAAUCGACACAAAGGAACAUAUCUCUCUCAACGUGUCAACAAUCAAACACGAAGUAGGAGUAAGAGAAGAAAGAAAGGUACCAAUGACUUUAGUUGCCACGGCAGGUCACGGGAUCUCGAUGACUCUAACGCAAGCCUCGAGUAAGAUGGUACCUGCCAGACCAGUUCCCAUACACCUGAGGACAGUCAAGAUGAAGAGUUCAGAACACUUAUUUGAUUUCAAGUCCGUCUGGCUGGAUACACACCGGAUCCUCAAUAAUGCAAAUCUGCCGGCGCCAGUACCUCCGCUAACCCCCGGUACGACCAAGAAGAUGACCGAUGCUCUCAGGGCGUCUUUCGCGUCCUGGGAGAAGGAGAGAGAGAAACACAACAUUACCAAAGAUCCCAAACAAUGGUCAGAGGACCACGUAAGGCAGUGGCUGAUGUGGGCGAUCAAGGACUUCAGUCUCGAGGGAGUGUCUGUCCACGAGUUUCAGAUGAAAGGGCGUGACUUAGUGGGGAUGGGGCGUGACUCCUUCCUCGCCCGCACCCCGCCCUUCAUGGGGGACAUACUAUGGCAGCACCUCGAGUUCCUCCAGAAAGAUGUGGAAGAGGAGACCGCCUCGCUGGCUCAUGUCCCUUCCACCUUCCACGAGUAUGUUCCAGACUUCAAUGAAUUUCUGGAAGGGUAUGGCGGCCCCCUUCCAGAACACCGUCUCAACCCUGUCCUGACCUCCUCUUCCUCUUCGUCCUCCUCACAUGGUCCACCAGCGACUUCUUCUGUGCCCUCGUCACUUCCUCCUCAAGUUGUGGUGUCUUCUACGGCGUCGUCUUCGUCAGGGACUACCACCUCGCCCUCCAAUACAUCGUCCAGCACGCCCCAUCCACCACCAGCACAGUCACUACAGUAUCUAGACGACAACAGAAGAAGAGGGUGGAGCAGGAACGGUGGCUACCCCAGCGCGGAGAGCAUGGGCGCCGUGAGUGAGCCCCCGUCAGAGGGUUCACCUGGAGGGUUCGUGACCCAGCCUUACACAGAAGCCGACCCCGAACCCUACCACACCCUGCCUGACUCCCACCAUCCUGCCGUCCACUACCUCGACCCUUCAGCACAUGACUUCUACAGCCUCCACGACAAGUACCGACUGUCCUACUUCAAGUACCCACAGCCCACAGCUACCCACAGGUAUCCGCACGAAUACUCCGAUGGCUACUCCACGCCACACUACGACCCACAGUUCCAGACAGUGCCACAGGCGCUGCCAGAGCCAUGGGCGACAGCAGCGGCACAAGGCCACGACCUCUCACAGAUCAACAGCGGCGUUGGUGGCCCUAAUCUGGCCCACUACCUGCCAGCCCGCAAUGACGUGGUCACCCCAGACACCAAGCCACCCCCUAGCCUUUUGGGCCCCAGUUCUGCGACGUUGGGGUACCAAACAGGCAGCGGUGGCCCCUGUUUUACUGGGUCGGGACCCAUCCAGCUGUGGCAAUUCCUCCUGGAACUACUGACAGACAAGAAGCAGCAGCAACACAUCUCGUGGACAGGUGAUGGCUGGGAAUUCAAGCUGACAGACCCAGACGAGGUUGCGCGGCUCUGGGGGAUGAGGAAGAACAAACCUAAGAUGAACUAUGAGAAGCUGUCUCGAGGUCUCCGGUAUUACUACGACAAGAACAUCAUCCACAAGACAGCUGGCAAGCGAUAUGUCUACCGCUUUGUGUGCGACCUCCAGUCACUACUUGGUUACUCGCCAGAGGAACUUCAUGCAAUGGUUGAUCUCAAGCCCGAGAAGAAAGACGACGAUUGAGGUGGACCUUGAGCUGUCUUCACCUCCCCCUCCUCCCCCCCAGAGUUAUAGUCGAGGGCAGGUCAGGCAGGCCAUGUAGCCUCCACCUCUUGGCCUGCUCCACUAUAGUAGUCAGUGGCAUUUAGUUCUGUGCUACUGACUGGCGCCUCUUGGCUCCAUCUAAUCUUCAGUAAAAAUAAAAAACAAAAAACAUUGCCAAUAGCAAAUUUGUCUCCAGCUGACAUAUUUGUUUGUUAGCCAAACAAUUACAAUAUAUACAAAUUUAACUUUGUUAAAAAGCUAUAUCUGCAUUUUUAUCGACAAACUGUUCCACUGUUUGUUGUGGAACCCUUUUUAAUAGUUUUAUUUUUGUAAAUACAGUAUGCCAUUAAUGUCGGGCAUUUAGACUAGAUUUUAUGUUUGUAUAGUCAGAUGUGUGGAGGAUGUUGACCAGUCCGUGUUGGUGCGACCUGUGCAGCGACUAGCGAGUUCGCAUCCUGCCCACAUGGCGUACCUGUGCAGAGGUGCUUUCCGUGCACAGCUACUGUCUGCGCAAAGCUCUUGUAACCAGCCAUUUGUACCUGUACUUGUUCUCUGCACAAGACCCGACUGUAAUAUUAAUAAUUAUUUUUAGUUUACGGACUAGUGAGUGGUUCAUGGAGAUGACUAAUGAGUGCUUUCAAAACUACAAGUGCUAUGUAUUAGUGUCAAAAUAGUAGGCGUCACAGAUUGGAGUGGCCAAUUUUUUAUUUUUGCAUAAAUAUGAUCUAUAUAGCCCUUAGCUUGCUCUCACUAACUUCCCUUCCUCCCUCCCCAUGAAAAUGAAUCUUCCAUACUAUUGGUGCCAGCGGUGGAGAGACAACGGUCAAGGAGUGACUCCUGUCCUCACGUGACCCACCAGCUCAGUGCUGCCGAUGGCUUCAUCUAUUUUUUACCAGAAUUUGACAGAAAUAACAUUUAUUUUUUUCCACCGUGCCUUCUUGUGCUCUACCUGAGGCCUCAGUGCUUCCAGGCCCUCAGGCAUACCAACCAUAACUGAGGUCCACAAGUGUACCAACCCACUUCACCUGUUAGGCCCCUAGGGGUACCAACCUCUUCACCCAUGAGGUCUUCUGGGCUAAUUACUUUACCAAUGAGACGUCCUGAAGUACUAACCAUGACCUCGUGGAUUUGAUUAUCAAACAAAUCACUUUUCAGUGUACUAUACUUCAAACCAAGACAUUGUACCUGUGUAAAUGGCCAAGACGCUCAAGGUACCCAGGGCGAACCUGAAAUAGAGAAUGUGAUGUUAUUUCUAAACCUACAUAAUAAUUCCAGGUCACAAUGACGGACUGUGAUGUAACGGGAAAGCAAAUUCGUGAAACCAGUAUUCUUAUUCUGUGUGUUUUUUCGUUCACAAUAUUUUUUAACGAAAAUUUUAUGUUAAUGUAGAUAAAUAUUACUAUUCUCCAUGAUUCUUGAGAGUGGAGGUAAUGGUGUUCCAUUGUUAGUUGUGAUAAACUUGUUAAAAUCGUUGGAUUUUUAUCUAAGAAAUAUGACAAUCAAAUUGGACAAUAUUUUUCACUUGAUUUGUUUUUAUUCGUAUGUGAACUGUUUUUUCUUUUUAUAUAGAAAAUAAUGACGUAAUAGAUAAGUGAUAACUGCCCAAUGUUUACAAAGAGUUUUCAAAGUGCAUCCAUGCCCUCCCUCCCUCCAUCACCAAAGCUGUUGUUCUUCCAGCCAUCUUUGGCAUGAAGGUGUUUAGAUCUCCUGCCAAAUUUGGUAAAUAGUUCAGACUUCCAGCCAUCCAUGGCUUAUAGUGGCUCAGACUUCCAGCCAUUUAUUAAACUUCAGACUUCCAGUAAUCCUCGACCAUACAGAGCUCAGACUGUAUAGUGACGCGAGCUGCGCUGUGACUGUCACUAGUGAUAUCUGCUGUCUUCUCCGCCCACACCACACAGGAACCGUCCCAACCCUGCCUGUGACACAUGUGCCAAGCCCACACAAGAGGUGCCACUCCUCACCUGUUUCACACACCAUGUUGUUCGGUAUUUACACUUGCGAUAGUUUCAGUGGCAUCUCUCACACUUAGACUUUUUCAGGCUUGAAAACCUGAAGGAAAGAAAAUUUUUACCUUUUAUUUAAAUUUUUGGGAAUUUUGUGAUUGUGUACUUUUUCAGUUUGAGUUUAACGUUUUUCUUAAUUUCAUUAAAAAAAAGAAAAU